UUUCUUGUUUCUUCUAUUUUUUCUGCGGUUCGUUUCAUUGCUUAGAAAGUUGAGGAAACUUAACGGUAGUUGGGAAUGGUCAUAUUAGUGCGAACCCGACUUAUAAUAGUUAAAGGGAUUCUUGGUGCUAGUUCUUGAAUGGCUUUGAACUUCCACGGUCCACCCAUCCCUUGUAUCUUUAUUUAAUUUAUGUGAUUUGCGCUUUCGAAUUUAUUGGCAGUGAUUUAAUGGGCUUCCUUUUGAGGGUUGGUUGUUUUGCUGCUUGUAGUUGUGGCCUUUUGUCUGAUUGCUUUGAAAUAAAUUUACACAAGAAAAGUAUGCAGUUUAGUAGUAUCCUCUAUUGUAUUUGUAUCACUUGGUUUAGUUCUAACUUUUAAGAAUAUGCAUUUAAUGGUACUGCUGAUAUGCAUUGGGCUCCUACUCCAGGAAUUUUUUCCCGCUAGACGUUUAUUUUCAUCCUCUUGGACAUCCUAACCAAGUUUUUGUGAUUUUUUAGCAUAUGAUCUUUGAUUAUUGCUGAAUUUAUUUUUAGUUAAUAUUUGUUUGUUGAGCUGGCAGCCGAUUACAUGCAGAAUCCUGUCAUCAUGUAAAUAAACAUCUGAUUUAGGAUACUCUGAGAUGACUAAAGAAAGAUGAAGGCUAGUGAUGCCUUACCAUUUUACCAGUUCCAUAAGUAAUAGCAAUUAUAAAUCAAGUCCGAACUUCGAAUACUCUGCAAUGGAUUCUGCAACCCAGACAUUCCAACCUCGUGUAAUGUCAAUUAAAUUAUGGCCUCCUAGCCAGAGCACUAGGUUCAUGCUCAUAGAACGAAUCAUCAAGAAUCUUACGACACCUUCCAUUUUUUCCCGGAAGUAUGGUUUGUUAAGUAAAGAAGAUGCUGAAGACGAUGCCAAGAAAGUAGAAGAUAUGGCUUUUGCAACUGCUAACCAACACUUUGAGAAGGAGCCAGAUGGUGAUGGAAGCUCUGCAGUUCAAAUUUAUGCCAAAGAAUCUAGUAGGCUUAUGCUGGAUAUAUUGAAAAGAGGUCCAAGAGUAAAGGAGGAUGGAGAGGCAAUAAUAUCUGAGAAGGCUAUUACUCCAGGAACAGUUUUUGACAUAUCAGGAGGACGAAGAUCAUUUAUUGAUGCAGAGGAGGCUAAGGAGCUUCUAGAACCCCUCAAAGAUCUGGAAAACCUGUUUACUAAGAUCUGCUUUAGCAAUAGAAGUUUUGGCUUAGACGCAGCUCGUGUUGCUGAACCGAUCUUGUUGUCCAUCAAAGAUCAGUUGACAGAAGUAGACCUAUCAGACUUUAUUGCUGGAAGGUCAGAGGGGGAGGCUCUUGAAGUCAUGAAUAUUUUUUCUUCAGCAUUAGAAGGUUGUGACUUGAGGUACCUGAACCUUUCGAACAAUGCCAUGGGUGAGAAGGGUGUCCGGGCAUUUGGGUCACUUUUGAGAUCACUGAGAAACUUAGAGGAGCUUUAUUUGAUGAAUGAUGGCAUUUCGGAGGAAGCUGCUAGAGCAGUUUGUGAGUUGAUUCCGUCGACAGAAAAGCUUCGUAUCCUUCAGUUUCAUAAUAACAUGACAGGAGAUGAAGGUGCCGUUGCAAUUUCUGAAAUUGUCAAGGGUUCUCCUGCGUUGGAGGAUUUCCGCUGUUCCUCGACAAGGGUAGGUUCGGACGGAGGUGUGGCUCUAGCUGAAGCUGUGGGGAUGUGUACCCGUCUCAAGAAGCUUGAUUUGCGUGACAACAUGUUUGGGGUGGAAGCUGGAAUUGCUUUGAGUAAAUCUAUAUCUGCCUUUCCAAGUCUCACUGAAAUUUAUCUUAGUUAUUUGAACUUGGAGGAUGAGGGGGCAGAAGCUUUGGCUAAUGCCCUUGAAGAUUCUGCUGCUUCGCUCGAAGUUCUUGAAAUGGCUGGAAACGAUAUAACUGCAAAAGGUGCUGCCUCAAUUGCAGCCUGUGUAGCAACAAAACAAUUCCUCAGUAAGUUAUUUUUGGCUGAGAAUGAACUGAAGGAUGAUGGUGUGAUUUUAAUUGGCAAGGCACUGCAGAACGGACAUGGUCAUUUGAGCGAAGUCGAUGUUGGCACAAACUCAAUUCGAAGGGCAGGGGCGAGAUUCUUAGCACAAAUAUUAGUGCAGAAGCCCGGAUUUAAGUUGCUAAACAUCAAUGCCAAUUAUAUCUCUGAAGAAGGGAUUGAUGAAUUGAAGGAGAUAUUUAAGAAUUCUCCUAAUAUGCUCGGGCCUUUGGAUGAGAAUGAUCCAGAUGGGGAAGACUAUGAUGACGAUGGUGAAGAGAAUGCUGAUCACGACGACGAACUCGAAUCAAAACUCAAGGGCCUCGACAUUAAACAAGAGGAGUAGGAGCUUCACAGGUCAGAUUAGAUCAUUCUUUGAUCUCCGCCUCUGUUUUUAUUUUUUGUUUUUGUUUUUGUUUUUGUGGAUUAAAUUAACAAAUUCCUUUUUUCUGUAUUGUGGUAGUUCAUACCAAUAUUUAACCAAGUGUAACAGAUCUCUGUUAUUAGCUAGCUAGGUAUCAGUUUUCUAGUUUAGAGAUUGUUCAAGUAGAAUUAGCUGCUUGCUAUUUUUGUUGCUGCUACUUUUUCAAUCUCUAUUACUUUUGUUGGGGGCAUUAUUGUUAAAUUGUUACAGUUCAUCUAGAAGUUGAACCAUUUUAUUAGUUUGAAAA